GCUCAGCUGAUGAAAAAUGGACCCAGAAAAUAGUGGCAGGGCAGGUCUUGCUCUCCCAAACCCACAAGGGCCCUCCAGUGUACCUGAAAUUGAACUUUCGGAAGUAUCUCUCCAUGAAAACCCCUUACUGAAGAAGGCUGCCUCAUCCCCACCAUGCCACACAUGGCUCAUAUUUUUGAAGAGGGAACUGGAGUUUCUGGGGGUAACACAAAUUCUGGUUGGCUUGAUAUGUCUUUGUUUCGGAACAAUUGUCUGCUCCGUGAUCAAUAUUUCAGAACUUAAGGAAGAUGUUUUUUCAUCAUUUAAAGCAGGCUACCCAUUCUGGGGAGCAGUGUUUUUUGCUAUUUCUGGAUUUUUGCCAAUUAUGUCUGAAAAAAAACACACUACCUGUCUGGUGUGGGGAACCCUGUGGUCCAACACUGUCAGCAGCAUAGCUGCCGGAAUAGGAAUCUUCAUCCUGACGGUCAACCUGAAGAAGAGCUCUGCUUUUAUCUACAACUGCCAGGAAGUUUACGGAGAGGACUUCUGCUUUAUGGCUUGUUUUUCCACUGAAAUUGUGGCAAUGAUCCUGUUUCUCACCAUUCUGGGAUUUUGUAGUGCCGUGUCCCUCAUAAUCUAUGGGGUUGGAGAAGUAGUCCAAGGGAACAAGAUUGCAGAAGAUCGUCUUUAUGAAGAAUUAAAUAUAUAUUCACCGAUUUACAGUGAGUUGGAAGACAAAGUGGAGGCCUCUUCUCCCGCUGAUUCAUAAGAAUUGUGUCUUCAGACCAUCCUGACUCACGGCAAAGGUCUAGAAUAAGCCAAAAUCUUUGUUUAAGGGGCUACCGGCAAAAUUUCAGUUCUGUCUAUGGUUUAUCAGGUUUACAUUAAGACUUAUUCUCCAGAUGGUAAUAUUCUGUCUGAUGUUUCUGUUCACCUGAACUUCCUCCUACCCCAUCCAUUUGUGGAUAUGUGAUAGACUUCUACUUUUCUUGUU